UCGCUGCCAUAGGAACCAGGCCAUGGAAUCUGGUCACACACUGCAGCAGCUGUAUUUAUCGAUGAGUUCAUCCACGGGGACGGACAUUAAAGCCCCGGCUGGACCGCACUUGUCCUCUACGUGUUCGUGCGUGCUGGACUCAUCGGGCUGAUAUUCCCUCGCGGACGCAGACGAAAGGGCAGCAGACAAACGAAGGUGACGGAGGGGCCGUCACGGCCAAAGAUGAGAGGGCUUUAGGAGGCGCAGCAGGAGGAGGGGGGGGGGGUAGGAUUGUGUAUAAAUGCGCGCGCAUGGGGGCACUUGUGGUCCUCCUUAUCGUGGUGUCACAUGCCAGCUGCUGCGGGCCGAACAAAAACACAGAUGGAUUUAGCUCCAACGAGGAGACGCACUUUUCUCCCUUCUCCAUUUCUUCUUUUUCCUGGAUUCCUUUCCUCCUCUACGAUGCAGCUCGUCAACACAAAUGUUUUCUGAAUUCCCUCAUUCAGUCGUCUUAAUACACCUCGUGGAUGGACAGCUACUCCCUCCUCUACAGUUCAGCCCACAGGACGGGGCUCCUCUCCGGCUUCCAGCGACUGCGCCGUCAGAGGAAGAUGUGCGACGUGGUCCUGGAGGCCGGCGGGGUUUCCUUCCCCUGCCACCGCGCCCUCUUGGCCAGCUCCAGCGACUACUUCGGGGCCCUUUUUGGGGAGACGACGGCAGAGUGCUCGGCGGGCUCCGUCAGCCUCCCGGCGCUGACGCCCGAGGGCCUAGACGUCGUCCUGGACUUCCUGUACUCCGGCUGGCUCAGCGUCUCGCCGUCGCGGCUCCCCGACGUCCUGGAAGCCGCCCGCUACCUUCAGGUGGAGUCGGCCUUGUCCAUAUGUGAGCGCUUCAUGAUGGACGGCUUAAGCGCUGAGAACUGCUGCUGCUACGCUAAUCUGGCCGAGCGCCACGCCCUGGCGGACACGCUGGAGGCUGCCAAUCAAACCGUUGCUAUGGAAAUGAAAGAUCUGCUUCAGAAGAGCAGGGAUGAGCUCCUGACCCUGAACAUCCAGUCGCUGAUGGCCGUGCUCGACGCCGACGAGAUGCCUGGCGUCAAGGAGGCGGAGCUAAUCCAGCUGGUUCUGGAUUGGCUGGAGGAGAACGGGCCCCUCCCGCUCCUCAAAUCAAAUCUUCUGCUGAGCCGUCUGCGCUUCGGAUUGGUCGCUCCUUCCGACCUCACCGGCCUCGGCCGCCUACACAGAGCAAUGGCCACACCCCUGAUCAGAAGUCAGCUGACCCGGGCGCUGGAGUACCACGGGCUGGGUCCGGCCCAGCCGCUGGCUCAGAACCGGCAGUCCACCCUGAGAGCGAGGCCCAACCUGCUCCUGGUCGGCGGCGGGCCGAGUGCCGAUUGGCCCGAACAGCAGAUGCUGGCGUUUGAUCUCCGGAGCAGGAAGUUUUCCUGUGUGACCUGCGCUCUUCCCCUGCGACUGAGAAGCUUCUGCACGUGCUCAGUCGGGGGCUUCCUGUUCGUGAUGGGGGGAGAGGAGGUGAAAGAGGCGGACGAGGAUGAGAAGAAGUCCGUCACCGUGGCAACGUCCAGACAGGUCUGGAGGUACGACCCUCGCUUCGACCGCUGGGAGCCGGCGGCGCCGAUGCUGGAGCGGCGGGCGCAGUUCACCUGCUGCCUGCUGCAGGACGUCAUCUACGCCGUCGGGGGGCGACACUCCCCGCCCGACGCCGCCACACAUGCUGGCUUAGCUUCCGUUGAGUUUUAUGACAUGACUGACGGGGUGUGGCGGAGAGGAACGCCGAUGCCUCACCCCCUCCACGGCCACGCCUCCGCCGUGCUCGACAACAGCAUCUUUGUUUCCGGUGGUCUCCCCGGCAACCGAGGCGCCAUCAACGGCGGCGACAGAUUCAACCAAGGGGAGAUCAGGGAGAUCAGCAGAGAGCUGUUCUCUUGGAACCUGAAGGACAAAGUGUGGGAACGAAAGGCCCCCAUGUCCAUCGCCAGGUUCAGCCAUCGCUUGGCAACCGCCCACGGCCACAUCUACGCCCUGCUGGGGAUGUACGAGCCCUUCUGUGAUAUCGAACGCUACGAUGUGCAGUCGGACCACUGGACGCGCCUCAGGCCGCUGCUCACCGGCUCCUCCAACUACGGGACGGCGUCCACCACAUCCGGGAACCUGCUGGUGUUCGGAGGGAGGAGGUGGAGCGACGGGCAGGAGGUGACAGUGAAGAGCGUGCUGGAGUACGACACUAAGAAGGAUCUCUGGACAGAAAUCUGUCAACUCCCCCGACCUCUGACCGGGACCGAGUGCACCCUGCUGCCUCUGCCAGACUAAACAUGCAUCAAUGUGAGGAAGGUAUUGUGAUAUAAUAAUAUAUCAUAUAUAAUAUAUAAUAUAUAAUAAUAUAUGAUAUAAUUUGAGUGAGCACAAGCAGGGCUGGGCGAUAUAUCGAGAUUUUAAUAUAUAUUGAUAUAUUUUCUAACGCGAUAUGGUACGAGACAAUAUCGUUUAUAUCGAUAUAGCUUAUUUUGUGACAAAUUGACUGUACAUCAACGUUGACCCCUCGCGCUGGCAAAAAAGAACCUUUGUGUGCUGAAACCUGACAGUGUUGACAGGUUAGUUUUCCUGGCACAAAAUCUGUAAAAUGUACAGUAGUUGACUUGUUGUAAUUAUUUGAGAUUUGCACAAAUGUUUUGUUUUUUGCACAACUGUCAACCUCAGUGGAAAAGUCUGCCUGUUACUGUCUACAUUGUAUUAAUUGCACAGUGUAUUUUAAUUUAAUUGUUAUGCAGGAAAGGGAUAUUUGUUUUAUUUUAUUCAAGAAGCAUUUUUAUUCUAUAUA